GAAAAUAGCCGUUCCAUCAGGUGCGGCUGCGAUGCCAUGAUACGUCUCCUGCGUUCUUCUGAUAAUGGUUAGUACAUUAGUCAAUUCAACAGUGCACACAACCAUGCUUUGUCGCUAACUUGUGGUGAGAAACUCCAUUGGAAGCCGCACCGAUAUAUUGAUGUGCACAUUAAGGAUUUGGUUAAGCAGUUGCGGGAGAAGAAUGUCAGCUUAAGCAAGGUGUACAGCAUUGUGGGUAGUUUCUUUGGGGCGAUAGAGAAUAUUCCGUUCACCAAAAGGUCUUUGAAGGUACUUUGUGGGAAACUAAGCAAGGAUCAGUCGGACCAUGACGCUACUAAAACUGUUCAACUACUACAAGACAUCAAAGCAGCAGACCACAUUUUUUCUUACAAUGUUCAUGUCGAUGACGAGGCUAGGGUCAAAACACUGAUGUGGGUCACGGGCAAAGGCAUAGACCAUUACAGGUAUUUCGGUGACGCGAUAACAUUUGACACAACAUGUCGGACUAACUUGUACGACAUGCCUUUUGGUUUGUUCGUUGGAGUGAACAACCACUUCCAGAGCAUCAUUUUUUGAGCGGUGCUUAUGAGGGAUGAAACCGUUGAAAGCUUCAAAUGGGUUUUUAGGGAAUUUGUUAGAAUGGUUGGUGGUAAAGCACCAAUGACUAUACUAACAGAUCAAGCAAGGGCGAUGGAGUUGGCGAUAAUAGACGAGCUACCAAACACGACACAUAAAUGAUGCAAGUGGCAUGUGCUGAAAAAGGCGAAAGAGAGCCUUGGUGUAUUGUAUGGCAAGAAGUCUGAGUUCAAGAGGGAUUUUCAAAUGUUGGUGCACCAUGUUUUAACUGUGGAAGAGUUUGAAAAUGGAUGGGAUGCAAUGCUCCUGAAAUAUGGUUUGCAUAAGCAUCCAUUCCUCACUCAGAUAUAUGAAGUCCGUUGUAAGUGGGCAAGACCAUAUUUUAUUGGUUCUUUUUACGCGAAGAUGACAAGCACACAACACAGUGAGAGCGCUAAUCACAUGAUCAAAUGUUAUGUGCCUCCGGGAUGCCCAAUGCAUCUCUUCUUGAAGCAAUACGAGAAGAUUCUUUUUGACAGAGAUUCGAAGGAGAGCUAUCAAGAAAAACGGACAACAAUAGCUGGGGUGGUUCUUAAAGGCAACUGGCCGAUUGAGCGCCAUGCCAGAAAGAUUUAUACACGCGCGAUGUUUGAGAAGUUUGGUGAGUCAUUGUAUAAAGUUGGGUCGUACGUGACAGAAGAAGUUAUAUGCAAACGGAAAUACCUCGUCCGUCAUGUCGAUGCUGUGAAAAGAGAAUCUUGGUGCAAAGGUAUUUUCACCGUGGAAGUUGUUGAUGGUAUGGGAGAGUUUGUAUGCGAGCGUGGUUUCUACCCUCAUUCAGACAUACUUUGUUGCCACACGCUUAAGGUUAUGCUUGAUCUCCGUGUGUCCGAAAUCCCUACAAAGCACAUAAUGAAAAGGUGGACAAGGGAUGCAUGUGAUAUUCUCCCUCAAGAUCUAGUUAUGUACCAGAACGAUCAAGGUCCACCUAAGGCCAAUACAUAUAGGCACUCCAAGCUUUACCAUGCUGCCCUGUCGUUCGUUGGUCAAGGUGAUGCAAAUGUGCAGUCUUAUGAGGCUGCUAUGCUGUUGAUAAAACAUGCAAGUGCAAAACUAGAGCCGCUUUGUGUUGUACGCGACGGGAUGGGUGUUGGUAAUAGAGAAGCUGCUGCUAAAUCACUGGCUGAAGACCAAGACAAUGUUAUGGCUCAGUGGGACGACUGUGUCUAAGGCUCAACGAUUGGACAAGCGCCCAAAAAGAAAAGACCCGCGGGUCACCCAACAAGUAGCCGUGACAAAGCUUCAUAUGAAAGUGCAGUAAAAAGGACACGGUUCUAAGAUUUUCCGUGGGGAGGGAUAUAAGAGUACCACGUGCCCUGAUCGUGGUGACAUGCCUAAAGCACCAAGGAAAGA